ACCUCUUACGGUUUGAGGGUUAAUGGAUAGAGGUGGUGCUUGGUUUACUAGGUUAAUAGGUAAUGCAGGUUAUAGAUAGAGGAGGUACUUGGUUCAUUAAGUUUAUAGGUAAGGCCGUAUAAGGGUUUUAGAGGCAACGCCGUAUUGAACUUUUGAUGUGAUUUUAUGUUGAAAUGUGUAGUCAAAGUUUCUUUUUAGUACUCUUAAAUAUAAAACUAAAUUGAAACUAUCAUCAUUAGUUCUAUGGUUUUGGGUGGACUCAUCUCUAUAUAUAAUAAAGCAAGGUCGGCUCCUUAUAAUUCUAAUACGACUACUCUCCACAGCUAUUUGACAUCAUUAUCAUUAUUCUACCCUACACUUACUAUCCACAUCAGAAAAUAAAAAAAUAUGAAAAAAUUUAACAGAAACUAAGUAAAAGGUGAAAAACUAGACAUACCUUUGGGUAGAUAAUGGGAAAUGUGUAAGGUGUGAAAUGUGAAUAUGAAUAAUUUCAUGUGGUACUGAGUAUAUUGUUACCAAAUGUUCCUAAGAUAAGAGCAAGGACCAAGGCUUAACUCUAACGUUCAUCAUUCAUGCAAAAUGUGGCCCUUUCAAAGGUUCCUUUUGAACACACAAGAGUGUCAUCUUUGUUCCUACUAAUUUUGUCCUUUUAUAAACCGUGAGCGUUUGUGUUCUAUGAUUUAACAAGACACUGGUUUCAUGGUUGUUCUCACGUGCACGUAAUUGAAACAAUGUUAUUAGUUGUCGUGAAAGAUUUCUAAAGAGAUUAUGUACAACAAGAAAGAUAAAAGAGGAUUCUCACAUUAGUGGCACAAAACAGAACAUGAUCCAACGUUAUGGAUCUUUUAUUAUCAUCCACCCUCGACUUUGCGUUGUGAUGGAUGGUGAGUUAUAUGCUUUUGUAUGAGAAUGGGAAGAUAAAAGUGUAUAUUAAAAAGGAAUAUACUUGAAAAGUUGUUAUCGGUGAAGUCAAUAUUCAUGAUAUAACAGAUUCAAAAUCUUAUAAUGAGAAUUUUUUUUGAAGCAUGUGCAAGUAGAAUGUUCGAAUAUGAUCUUUAUUCUAAAGAUAAAAAAUGCUUCUUAAUUUUUAAAAUAAAUAUAAAAACUAAAUUUUAGUUUUAAAAUAUAUUUCGAAAUUAAGGCCUAAAUUUCACACUAAAAAUUAUAUAUAUAUACACGACACUAUUAAUUUUUAAAUUUAUAUCAUUAUUUCUUUAAAAUAUAUAGUUUUUAACAAAAUUUUGAAAUAAUUUGAAACUGUAUAUUGCUUUUAAUCUGCUUUCUGGUUUCAUGAAAAGCUUCAUUUCAUUACUAGAGACCCUAAUCGUAACGUUACAGAGUCAAGGGCCGAUGUACCUGAUAUCCCAGGUUCUUCUUCAUCAUUGUCUAGCUCCAAGUCUGUUUCGGCUUCACGCUCUAAAGCAAAGGGCAAUGCACCUAGCUAACAAGUCAGACACUGUUAUCUGGAAAUUCAUUGCAAGCAAGGACUUAGGUGCUGCUGAACUUGUUAGCUGCCAAGUGAGAAAUUUAUGAUAUAUGUUCUUCCCAAAAUUUGAAGAUUCUUGAAGGUUGUAUGGAUAUAAAAUGAGCUCAAAACAAACAGUUUAGAAGACAAAAAUAACAUGAGUUUACUGGUUACGAAAACAACUUUUUUGUCUAUGUUCUUUUUUUCUCAACUAGAUUUUUCAUUCUCUGAGUUAAAAGAUUAUGGGUUUCUGUACAGUACAGAGAAGAAGUCAUCACUUUGAGAACGCCAUAUCUUGCAUACAGAACAUUUAUAUUAACCGAUCUAUAACUUGAGACCACUGUUAGAACUUGGACUCAUUCAACGUCCUUGGAACAUAUAUACACAGUAACAUAUGUGCACUAGUGUUCACUAAGAGUUGCUGAUGAUGGACUGUUUAAGAGCAUUGCUUUUUAGAUGCCCUAGAGUUCUUAAGAGUCAUCAUCAGUUUUGUAGUGACCAAAGUCAUUACCAGUAUGAUUAAUCACGUAAUGUUAUCUCCCAUCUCUUUAAUUCUCUUUAAAAGGCUGGAUUCUGCCUUCUUCUUUGUUUCAUCCUCAUCAACGGAAUCUUGUACUCUUCAAGCUUAACUGACAUUUCAUCAUUUCUAUCAGCAAGAGCUCUGCUUCUAGCCAUGGAAGACUCUAGCUCAGACUUCAAGACUAUAAUCAAUAAUAGAUUGUUUUCUUCCGUAUACCCCUUGUCGUUGACUCGACAAUGGUUGACGGAAGUUUCCACAUCAGUGUGCUUCUUUUGAAACUCAAAAAUCAAGAUAGUUCCUAGAGCAGCAGCUAAGUUGUUCUGCAAGGUCAUUGAUAUAGGUUACAGACUGUUUUUUUUGUUUUUGUUUGUAAAAAACAUGCUGAACAUGAGCAUUACUAACAUACUCCAAACUUUGAAAAGACUGUUCAGAUUCCAGUUCAGCUACCAUCUUCUCCGACAGAAAAUGCUUUUCAUCUAACUCGGACGCAAGUUCUUCUAUUCUGCUGUCUAAUUUAUUUCUCUCAGCAUUCAAUUCUGAUUUUACAGAGUCCAGAUAUACCGAGCACCUACAUUACGAGAGCAUUUGAGUGCAGUCAGUACCUCAAAAUGUUCCUUGUGGUGCCCUUCAGCAUAAGUCUCCCACUCACUUCUUGUGAAAACUAUAGAUUUGCUUUAACAUCUUAAAUGUUAUAUGAAAAGCCCAAAAAGACAUAUAAGCGGUAAUGUUUACAAAUCCUUAAUUUUAACACUUUAAAAAGAUUUGUUUUUCUGUUAAAUGACAAACAGCAGUUUGCUAGUAUAAAGCUUUCUAAAUGUCUAUUGCUUGCUUUUAUAUUGUUUGUAGUAUGUAUAUGGAACCAAAACACUAAAUAAAUCAAUUCUUUAAAUCUAGGAAUCAAAAGAACAAACGCAUUAUCGUUAUUCUAUUUCCUGAUUUUCUUACGUACUUAAAGUAUAAAGUCUUGUGCAAUUGCGAUCGAUUUAUUUACUAUAUAAUGGGACUUUCUUCCAUAAUAUCUGAUAAUGUUUAUUAGUAAUUUAUUGAUACCGACCCACUCACACUCAGGUUGCUAAUGGGCAGUGACUAAUACAAAUAUAAAUAGAAUAAAUAAAAGGGAUUUGAUAAUUAUGGUAUUUAGAUGCUUUGUUUCUUACGGAUGCAAAUGCAAAGGAUUUGGUUGCUAAACCUGUUCAAGUGGCCGAGUAAUCAUUACCCAAAUAUCUGUACUGUUCUUUCUUGUUAAAAAAACUACAAGUUGUAGAUUGUAUAGGUCAAAAAGACUCUUUAUUGGUGGUAAUGGUUUUACAAAAGAUAAUGAUCGUUCUCAAGUAGAGUUUGAAUUCAAAUUCGACAAAUAGUAUGCUAAAUAUAAGUCAUAGAUAACGUCUUGUUUAUUACUGAGUCGUGUUAGGAAAAGUACUAAUUACCUAACUAAUUAAAACUCUAGUGCGCAGUAUUCCUCGGUGUAUUAUGUCACUUUUGUAUGGACUACGAACAAUGUCCAUGAGACGGACUAUGUUCAUUGCUUCGACAGUUGUGCCAGGUGUGUUUUAGAAUAAUCCGAUGCUUAAUACUUCGUCUGUGUGACUUAUAUUAUAUACACCUCUCUAGAUAAGAAUAAAUAUGCAACUUUUUGUUUUUUUUAUAGUACAUAUACAAUUUAUGCAUUAUAUAUAGUACAAAGUGGAUGUAAUCAUAUCCGGAUCUAACGUGGAUUUGCAUCAAAUUCGUAUUUUCUUUUGUUUAUCGUAUGACCACCGAUUUAAGUUUUUAUUUUAAUGAAAUAUUUUUGUAUAUAUGAUGUCGGACAAAUUUUACUAUUAAAAUGCAAUUAAACAAACAAACAAAAAAAUCAGCUUACAAAAAAACAAAAACAUUUGCUCAGUCAGCAUGACUAUCUAUAUGUAAACAUGAUUUUUGUAUAGCUUAAUGAUCAGAGAUUCAUAUGAUCGUCGCAAAAAAGUUCUGAAACGGGUCAUCACAAAUUAGUUACCAUCUAUUUAUGGAAAAUCGAUUGUCUAGCUCUCAGUCGUGAUAGUUCACUGGUAUAUCGAUUAGUCUUAUAUAUAGUUUCAGUUAAACUUUCAAUCUAAAUUAGCGAUCAAUAAUACAUGUGUUUAAUGGUUAUUUUGACAGAUUUUGACCGAUCAACAAAUACGUUGCAACAUAUUUUGCCUUAACUAAUAGAAGUAAAACUGUAUUUGUCUAUCUGCUCGGGAUAGAGGAAUGACACUGGAGAGUGGAAACACACUACUAGAAAUGAACACAACAAUAACAUUGAUGUAGUAGAUUCGCCACUAUAUACGUAUGCAUAACAAGUGGGAAACAUAGGCAAUAUUAUUUUCAAAAACGGACCCACAGAUUUAUCUAUAUAUUCAUCCCAACCCCUCCCCCCUCAAAAUACCAAACAACAUCUUCACCAAAAUAUUUUAUUUUUUAUCAUCUCUUUUCAUAUUUUAACAUAUUUUCUCCAAGAGAAGAUCUAUAGAAUUUUUUCUGUGAUUUUUCUAGAUUAACUGAACAUGUCGCUAGACGGACUAGGAGGGAUGGCUAUGGCGGAGGCUUACACGGCGAGGAAGUUUCAUAGAGAGAACAUGAAGGCUUUAACGGCAAGCACAGCCACAACCGUCGGUGGUGGAACUGAAGACAACGGUGGAGGAUAUAGCCUGUGGUUCUUCGGAAAGCGGAGCACCAAGAAAAACUCGGCUAAAGUUUGUGAUCUUAUAACUAUAGAAUAAAUCGAUGGUCACAUCCAAAAAUAAUCUAAGGAAUAAAAAACAUCAUAUAUCUUUUAUGUUGCGUUAUUUCUGCUUUAUGUUUGAUGAUGUCUAUUGUGAUUUUAUUUAUGAAAUUUUAGAUGAGAUUUUGUAAAGCGAUGACAUUUUCUUAGAAUUAAUUCUAUAGUUCAUGUGAUAA